AUGGAUAUCAAGUUAUUUUUGAUAUUCGUGGUAAUGCUGAGCGCCAUGCACCAAGGUCCUGCUGUUUAUCGGGAGUACACAUGUGUUGAACCAGAGCCAGGGUAUCUCAAAAGAUUGCUUUCCUAUUUUUCCGGACGAGAAAUCGAAAAUGUCUGCCCAACGCUAACCGAUCUGAUCAUGCGUAAUAUAAAUGGGAUUUUCACAUCCGUCCUACUCAUGGUUCUACCCCUUUUGUUGGGCUAUGUGGUUGGAAACGCGAUCAAAGAGAAAUCCUCAAUCAUCUUUUCCACAUUUCUGGAAUGGAAAACUAGUCCUUCCCUGUGUCGUCACUGUGGGACUGCUCCCUGUCUGGCCAAAAGAAGAUAUUUAUGGAAACCUUCCGGAUCUCGUAAGAGGGACAAAGCUAAUUUCGCCGAGAGGUCCAAUGCCAUGUUGCUGUUUAACUAUGGUCUAGAGUUGUCUGUGAUGUUGACAAAAGAACUGCCUCAGGAUGAUCUAUACUGGGAGAGGAAGUUCUGCCAUCAAUUCAAGGAGAAACACAUGGCCUUAUUUCCACUGUGCAUCCAGCGUCAAAUCAACUAUUGGUACCCAGUUCCACGCUAG